UCAGUGAAUGCAACAAUCGACAGCGCGACAUUUGUCUUCGCCUUGCACGUCGCGCUUGCCAACAACACGGCACCACGCCUGGUUAUUCAACUUCCGGUAUGGAGGGGCGUGAAAGUCAAAGGGCCCUUCUUCUCAUUGCUCAUGCCAGAGUUGGUGCUGAAGAGUAGUGACAUCGUUGAGUACAUCCUGCAGAGUGUGGUGGACUCGGCCAUUGGGAAAAUCAAUUGGGAAAGUUGCUCUUCCAGCGUUCUGUUGGACAGAAUUCUGGCCGUGAUUCCGUUCAAUUCCAUAAAUAUUACGCUGCCAAAUAUAGAAAGUGUCGGUACAGUGCAACUUAGAAAAAUCGGAAGUGUGAGUCGCGCCUGCCCCAUGUCCACAAUGAAAACUGUGAGCAACGGAAUUCCGUCGUAUCAUUUCAAUGUGUGCUUCAAUGUUACAGACGUCGUUAUAAAGGUUCCAGAGGAGGAUCUCACUGUGUCAAUUGGUCGGGCAAGAUUCAACAUCUACCUGCUGAUACACAAAUCAGCAAAAGUGCCACCUAGGUUUGCCAUAUCGAUUCCUGUUUGGGAGGACGUUGAUGUCAGUGGACCUUUGGCUGCAAACUUCCUUGCGUCGAUAGGGACUCUCAGCCCUUCGCUUGUGGAGUCGAUGCUUGAAAGCACGGUCAAUUCGGCUCUUCAGUCGCUUCAAUUCACACGCUUUUGGGACUAA